CAGCCCCCUCCCCUCCCCUCCCCUCCCCGGGCUGGGCUUCACCUCUCCACUCGCCGCUCUGUAAACACGCACUCGGCGACUUGUUCAUUGCUCCCGCCGGCAGAGAGUGAAGGCGACACGGUGCGAGUAGCAGCAGCAGCGAUGGCAUCAGGCUCAGCAGGGGGUGAAUAUGGAGCUCAAAGACAGACGGGAUCGAGAGACGAUGGGAACCAAGAAGGAAGUGCGCUGGUGCAAGUGGUGGCCUCAGCCAUCCCCUCCGUUGAGCUCAUUGAGGAACCUCCUUUCACCCAUUGCCAGGUAUCGAACUCUGCAGAGAGCACUGGCCGGCACCAUUGCACUGUUGACGUUGCUGCCCAACCAAAGGAUACGAGUGAGGUGGAGCAGGACACAAACUCGCUGGGAUAUACAAACAGAGCCUACGUGGGAGAGCCUCCUCCAUAUUCACCACCAGAUCCAAAGACAUUCCACCUGCUCUACCCUUCCUUCGGGACCCCUUUCACCAGACAGUUACCUGUUGUUUACCAGCCAGGAGCACAGGAUCAAGUCUUCUAUCAAAAUCAGCAAGCCCUUCCUGGCCCCUAUCCUUACUCAAUUUAUAAUUAUCCAUUGCCUGGAUCAGCACAGGAACAGAGGAGAUCUCCUAAGGACUACAUGGUGGAAUCAGUUCUGGUCACCGUCUUCUGCUGCCUAUUGUCAGGAAUUCUGGCAAUCAUCUUCUCACAUGAGACCCGGAUGGCGAUUCACAGAGGUGACCACGUUCAUGCGGAAAGCACAUCGAAGAAGGCGCGGACGCUGGUGUUGUUCAGCCUGCUCUUUGGUGUCUUUGUGUCCAUUGGGUGGGUGAUAUACGUGGUGGUGGCACUUUACUUUGCGUGACAUGGAUUGGCGUUCGACAGGCUGGCCCCUGCAGGAGUUGGUGUGGAGUCCCAUCGGGUAAGCACCGGCCGGUGUGGUUUGGGACAAACCUCGUCUGAGCAACACGGGCUGGGAGUUUGCAUUGUUUCCUUUCAAGCCUCGUUGAUAUUGGUCCAUGGAACGAGGGCACCCCUGGCUGGUAAUACUGCCCAGCCCACCGACGAUGCCCUUGUGAACUGCUGCAGUCUGUACACAGGUGAUACUGUGAGGAAGCUCCAGGACUUGAUAGGGAAGGAAGGGCUGUUCUAUGCUGCAGCCGGGAGCUGGGUCACUCAGAGGAGAAUGUGAGCACUGAUGUUGCCCUCCACCCAGUCUCUGUCCUUCCAGUUGGUGAAGGUGAGGCCUGAUUCAGAAGAGGAAAAGAUCACAGCUGAAAAAGAUCCAGCCUUAGAGAGUGACAGAUACUGAUUGUUUGUCAAAGAAUGGUGGUCUUGAAUUGUUAAUGAAAAUGGCCCGACGGUGCUCCCCUUGGCCAUGGUUGAUGCAGGCUUCCCAGUACAGCUCAAUCUCCAGCUGAUCCAGGACCUGAGCAUUAAUCUCCAACCCAGUGAGACAGAUCAUUUAAUAAUUUAAACAGCGGUGUCACAGCAACCAACAAGACUAGUCCUUUCUUGCAUCAGAGUGUGUUUACUUUUCUCACAGGAUAGACAAGGGAACAUAAUGGCUCACCCGGAACAAUUUUAAAAUUUAAGCUUGACCAAAGUGCCCUCAUGAUCUGCCCAUGUAUUGCCCAGUCCUGUUUUCUCCUGAUACUAAGGCUAUGCAGGUCACACAAUCCUACCCCCCUCCCCUGCCCCCCCCCCCCCCCUUACUUCUCUGAGGCAAUAGUAAUAACUGCUGCAGGUUUUUCGAAAACUAUUGAAAUUACUAAAAGUAAAGUGCAUUUAGUUGAUUCUUGCCUCUUAGCCCCAGUGAAGUUAAAAUUAUAUAUUAAAACAGAAAAUACUUUAAGUACUUAGCAGGUCUUGUAGCGUCUGUGGAGAUACAUACAGUGCCCUCCAUAAUGUUUGGGACAAAGACCCAUCAUUUAUUUAUUUGCCUCUGUACUCCACAAGUUGAGAUUUGUAAUAGAAAAAAUCACAUGUGGUUAAAGUGCACAUUGUCGGAUUUUAAUAAAGGCCAUUUUUAUACAUUUUGGUUUCAUCAUAAAAGUCCUGAAGGAGAGUUGGAGACUGGUAGUUUGUGACUAUAGGCGUUGCAAUGUUUCAAAUGCAUGGAAUGGAGCAUGGGAUAUAUGUGCACGGGGCUGGAAGGAGUGUCACUUUAUUAGUUUUAAUAUAUCUAUCAACCUACUACAUUGUGUGGAAGAUUUUAAAAGUAUGGAAUAAAAGAUGUAAUAAACAUUAUUUAAAUCCUUUUACUGUCAA